AUGGAAAACCAGCUCUGGUAUAACACCCUGGGGUGCUGCAAUCAAUACCAAGAAAGUCCCCAGGAUGCCGAGGACUUCCUACUUCUGCUGCUGGGCCUCAUCAUUCUUGUCAACAUUGGAAUCAAUGUGGUAACUGUGAUGUGGCAUGGGCUCCAGAAUGCUUUAGACAAGAUGAUCAAUUGGAUUAAUCAGAAAGAAAACUCACAAGCUUGUGAAAGUUCCCCAAAAGAUGCCCCAGCCAAAGCCCAAGAUGUCCACAUCCACUGCACCCUGGACCCUGUAGAAGUGAAGAUGGCUCGGCCCACUUGCUGCUAUUCUUCCUCCUAUCAUCAUCUUCACAACCGCAGCCGCCGCCGCCACCGUAACCGCCACCACCGCCACCCCUGCAGCCACCAGAAGAGUCCGAAGAACCACAAACAAUUCUCUAACAACCACUCAGUCUUCCAUAGUCCACAUCACUGCCACAAGAUGUCACAACUGCGGACAAUGCCCUCUUUUGACCUGGAGGACCUGGACUCCUUCCUAAAGGAAGAGGAUGAUCUGUCCUUCCCACAUCCCAAGUACCCACGGGGGUACCGGGGAGGGCUCUACCAGCAAAUGGGGCUGCCCUCCAAUAUGGGGCUGUGGGGCCGCCAGGGUGGGAUCCUGGCCAGCCUGCCACCACCCUCUCUCUACCUGUCACCUGAGCUGCGCCGCAUGCCCAAGCGUGUGGAGGCCAAGUCAGAGCUGAGGCUGCAGUCCUAUGGGCCCCACUGCUCACAAUCCCGCAUCUGGGGCAAUAUGGAGACUGAGCAGUGGACCUCAUCUCCACCACCUCCCCGUCGGCUACCUCCUAACCCCUCCUGGGUCCCUGGAGGACACAGCCCUUACCCCUCAGGGGGCCAGCUACUGUAUGAUUCCUGGGAUCGGCGGCGUGGUCUGGAGGGCUCUGAGCCUCCAUCUGCACUGGUGCCCCGGGGUUCUCGGCCUGAGACCCGGGAGCGCUACUCCCCGCAGUCCCACCGUCGGAGCCUCCCCAGCCAUGCUAAUAGCCAGCCCAACCGCAGUCCCCACCCAUCCACAGGACACUUGAGCUAUACCCCCCGGGAUCCCCAUGAGGUACGGCGCCGGGCAGCAGAAUGGGCUGAGGCACUGCCCACUCGGCACCCUCUGACCACAUCCACCUCCCUCACUGUGUUGGGCGAGGCUUCAUACCAACGGUCACUGGCUCCCAGCUCAGCCUUGCUCCCCCACUCCUCCCAGCCCCCGCCUGAAGUCCAGGCUACUGAGCCCUCCCCACCCCCACCCACCUUCAUGCCACUCAGCCGGAGCCCGGGAGGCAAUGCCAACUACCAGGUGUACGACAGCCUGGAGCUGAAGCGGCAGGUGCAAGAGAGCAGAGCACGGGCCAACUCGCUGCCACCACCUUCCAGCUCAGCCUCAAGGCCCUCUCUGCACAGAAGCCGAACUGGGAAACUUUGCUGA